AUGCAACUUACGAUGGAGGAUGAAGAUAACAACCAGUUGGCUCUCCUUGACAUCCUCGUCUGCCGCAAAGGUUAUGGUGACCCAAAGACCAAAGUAUUCAGAAAAGCGAUAGAUACGAUGAAAGUACUAAACUUCAGCAGCAUCCACCCAAUCAGCCACAAACGCAGUCGCGUAAGGAUGCCUUAUUGGCGUGUUGAGACGCACUGCAGUCAACCGAAAGACGAAGUUGCCGAAAUACAACAUCUUCGACAGGUGUUCAGAGAAAAUGGCUACUAG